AUGGGUAUUACAGAAUGGCUGGCUAUCGGAGACUCUUUCUCAGCCGGAAUAUCCGCAGAUGGUCCAUCGGACGAGCUGAACUGGCGUUGCAGCCGGUUCAAAAUGUCAUAUCCAUAUCAAAUGCAAAACAGCAACAGGAUGCCGGGAAACAAAACAUCGCGAAAGCUUACGUUUGGCUCGUGUACUGGAGAGAGUAUGAGUGAUGUUGUCAAUAAUCAAAUUGCACUUGGUGAGCCUGUAAGUGGUGCAACUUAUCCAAAGAUUGGGAAUCCGCAAGUUGUUAGUCUGAGUGUGUCGGGGAAUGAUGUUGGGUUUGGUGAUGUGGUUAAUAAUUGUUUGUAUCACUGGUUUGGAUAUCAUGAAUGUGAUAAAUAUCUGAAUAAGUCUACGGAAAUAAUUCGAAACGAGACGAAUCUAGUGGGUAUGAAGCUCAUUGUGACUCUCACUCAGAUCUUGAGCAAUCUUCGUCAGACGAAACAUGGAAAACAUGUUCAGCUCUAUGUCACUGCAUAUCCCCGAUUUUGGAAUGACGAAAAUCCACAAUGCGACAACGUUACAUGGUCAUCGUCCUACCCCGACGACGGUAUAUUAACCCGAUCAAUGCGAAAACACAUGAACAACCUAAUCGACGAACUUAACCAAAUAAUUCAAGACGUAAUAGAAGGACUCUCAACCAUCCUAGGAGGAGGCAUUUACUUUGUCGAUUCCUUCCAGUCCGCCUUUAACGGCCAUCGCUUCUGCGAAGUUGAGACAGAUCCAGAGUAUCACAACGGUCCAAUCGAUGACAAAACAUGGUUCAUCCAUUUUAAAAGCCCUUAUCGAGAUUCCCCAUCCUUGGAUAAUAAUCCGUCUUCUGGCAAUAUGUUUGAUAGAAUUGAUGCCCUACUUAUCCCGCCCAAGGACGGUCUCUCAACUAGGCAACGAAUCGAAGCGGUCGGUGGCGACCGAACAAGGUGUAAUGAAGUGUAUGCGAAUCAUGAUGAUAUGACCGCGGCGCUGAAGAGAUUAGCUGAGGACGAUCCGUUGGAAAAUAGUUAUUUACCGGUUUCUUGGAUGAGGAUCAUGCAUCCGAAGGGGAGUGGGUAUAAGGUUAUGGCUGAUGCGGUUAUUGACAAGAUUUUGGAGGUUAACAGAAUGGAGAGUCAGUCUUCGCUUGAGGUACAGAGAGUAGUCUGGAUGUGGGGUUGGUAUAAGUGGUUGCAAAGAGUAUUUUGA